AUGUACCACAUGAAAAUAGGAUCCUGGGCACCUGGCAGCACUGCCGGUGGCAGCUACAAGGACACAUAUUAUCAGAAUCCCCAGUUCAAGCUGGUUCUCAAGGAGCAGGACCAGACCGAGGAUGAAGAUAAAACCAAAAAGUGCACUGUGGUGGUGGAGCUACUGCUGAAAAACACCAGGAAUAAGAAUGAAGUUGACAUUACCAGCAAAGACUUUGACAUCUACAAGGUUCCUCCUGAUUUCCAGGGUGUGCGUCUGGACCCUGACUUCUUCAAGCAGAAUAAACCCAUAGAACAUCCUUACAUAUAUAGGAGUAUAAGGAAUGUGGUGUGCAAGCUGCGCCUGGACCCGGGUAACUACAUCAUUGUGGCUUUCAAUAAGGACCCCAAACAGUCUAGAAAGUUCUUGGUCCGCACUUUCUCCAAGACUGGAAACACUCUGGGGUAAGAUGACAGAAAUGUAGUUUUGACAGCCUAAAAGGCCUGAGAGAUUUGAUAGACAGUACAGGCGCUUAAAGUGUCAUGUAGGUGACGAGUACUGUAAG